CUUAGUGACAGAAGUUUUCUUUUCUUCUUCACAUGAUCAAAAGAUCAAGAAAGUGACAGCCAACGCAUGCCUAUAAAAAAUGGAAGAUAGAGAACGAUAGAGUUCCAAUUAUUUUUAACUUUCUUUCCUUUUUAGCUACAGCCUCUAUUCUCUUCUUCUACAAUCAACUAUGGCACCAUCUUUGUCUUUAACAAUAAUACUCAUAAUCUCUUUCUCUUUUUCAAUUUUUGCUGCAAUAUCAGCAGUGGAAGUACCAUUUCACCCACAAGAUUUGCUGCCCUUAUUGCCUAGGCAGGUUUCUUGGCCAAUUCUUAACCGUUUAAACAGCGCUGUUGACCUUUUGCCUACGUUUGUUGGUGCUGCAAAUUCUUUAAACAACACAGCCGAAUGGAAAGGUGCUUGCUUUUACAAGAACACUGCUUGGAUGGAAUUUCAUAACAAGACUGGUAGUCAGUUUGGUGGUGGAACACUUCAUAUCAAGAUUAGCAACGCCCAUAGCUGGACAUGCAUGGAUCUUUAUGUCUUUGCAACUCCAUACCGUGUUACCUGGGAUUACUAUUUUCUUUCUCGGGAGCAUACACUUGAAUUUAAAGAGUGGGAAGGGAAAGCUGAGUAUGAAUACGUAAAAAAUAGGGGAGUUUCCAUUUUCCUCAUGCAAGCAGGCAUGCUGGGGACACUUCAAGCACUGUGGGAUGUCUUCCCUCUGUUUACAAAUACUGGAUGGGGAGAGAAUUCCAACAUUGGAUUCCUCGAGAAGCACAUGGGGGCUACCUUUGAAGAACGUCCCCAGCCCUGGGUUACCAACAUCACUACUGAUGAUAUACACUCUGGGGAUUUCCUUGCAAUAUCAAAAAUUCGUGGAAGGUGGGGUGGUUUUGAGACUUUGGAGAAGUGGGUCAGUGGAGCUUAUGCUGGUCAUACUGCUGUUUGCUUAAGGGAUUCUGAAGGAAAACUGUGGGUCGGUGAAUCAGGACAUGAGAAUGAACAGGGAGAAGAUAUUAUUGCUGUAUUGCCAUGGGAUGAAUGGUGGGAUUUUGAGCUGACUAAGGAUGACUCUAAUCCGCAUAUUGCGCUGCUUCCUCUGCAUCCUGAUAUGCAAGCCAAGUUUAAUGAGACUGCUGCAUGGGAUUAUGCGCUAAGCAUGAAUGGCCAACCUUAUGGAUACCAUAACAUGAUAUUUAGCUGGAUAGACACUAUAGACAAGAAUUAUCCACCCCCCUUGGAUGCUCACCUGGUUGCAUCUGUUAUGACAGUUUGGAGUCAAAUACAACCUGCAUAUGCUGCUAACAUGUGGAAUGAAGCAUUGAACAAGCGACUUGGAACUCAGGGCCUUGGCCUUCCUGAUAUCUUAGUAGAAGUUGAAAAGCGCGGGUCAUCCUUUGGUGAGCUGUUAUCAGUUCCUGAACAGGAUGAUUGGCUAUACACGGAUGGGAAGUCGACCUCAUGUAUUGCUUUUGUUCUGGCAAUGUACAAGGAAGCAGGACUCUUUGAUCCAAUUGCAAGCUCUAUACAAGUGACUGAGUUCACGAUUAAAGACGCCUAUGCUCUCAGGUUCUUUGAAAAUGACUCGAGUCGUCUUCCAAAGUGGUGCAAUGAUGGGGACGAUGUGAAGCUCCCUUUUUGUCAGAUCAAAGGCAAGUAUCGAAUGGAGCUACCAGGAUAUAAUACCAUGGAUCCUUAUCCUCAUAUGAACGAAAUGUGUCCGUCGUUGCCCCCAAAAUACUCUAGGCCACGGAACUGCUAAACAGCUUCACUGUCUUGAAGUUAUGAGAUCAUGGCUGAUGUAAACCUGGAUGUUCUCGUGAUACACUUCUGUGUUCAUUGAUACAACACAGAAGCUGCCACACGGAGAGGCCCCCAAUGUUUGUAGAUAUGGAAAGGAUACAGUAGAAAGAGUUUGUUAGAAAAUAGCUGUAUAGUGUAUAUAGUUAGUCGAAUAGUUGGCCUGCUGAAGAUGUUAAGUAACUUGUGCUUCCAAAAUUUCCAUUUAUCAGAUUCUUUUCUUGUAGUUCUGGAGAUUACAUUUGGUCAUGUGGGAUUUUGGAGUUUAACUUAGCAAGCUAAUGCUACAUGUGUCCGAGCAUCCGGGAUGUUAUUUCUUCAAAA